AUGCGCCCACGUCUUGCCCAAAGCUAUCGAGAAAUUGCGGAACAGGUCAAGCUGCCUGGAUGCGAAGACCCCAAAGCGGAUAUGACAAAGGCUGUGUAUAACUGGCUUUGCGACGAACAGAACGGAAACUGGUUGAUUGUCCUGGACAACGUAGACAACGCAUCCGUAUUCGUGCCAGCGACAAGCAACGGAGCUUCUCCUUCCCUUGGAAGCUACGUGCCUCCAAAGAAGCACGGCUCAGUCCUCAUAACAAGCCGGUCCAAGAACGUCGCUCUACAGCUAACCGACCAUGAUAAAGUCGUGGAAAUCAAUCCCAUGGUCGAUACAGAUGCAGAAGUUCUUCUUAGGAAGAAAAUCCGACUCGAAGGACAUGGGGACGGUGUUCCUGAGCUUGCUGCUGCGCUAGAUUUUAUGCCACUUGCUCUUGUGCAGGCUGGGGCGUACAUCAGGAACCAAGGUCCACGAUGUUCGGUUCAGAGAUAUCUUGAGAAGUUCUAUAAAAGCGAUAAGAACAAGACGUGGCUACUGAAGCACACCGAACCAGACCAAUUGCGAAGGGAUCAUGAAGCCAGCCAUUCUAUCCUUGUAACAUGGCAGAUUUCAUUCGAGCACAUAUUGGAAACCAGAUCAUCGGCCGCCGACUUGUUGUGCCUCAUGAGCUUCUUUGACCGUGAGGGCAUUCCGGAAACGCUUCUUCGAGGACCACCAAGUGGCAGUAACGGAGGACCGACUAAUUCUGGUAGAGAGGCUAAUAGGCAGAACGAUGAAGACUCCGAUAGCUCCGAUGACAGCAUUUCUGAGUUUUUUGGGGGUGACAUUACGAUGUUGCGGAGCUAUUCUUUCGUUUCGUACUCGACCCAGCCUGACGUGUUUGAUAUGCACGCCCUCGUGCAGUUGGCGACGCGAGACUGGCUCACGACGCAGAACCAGCUCGAACAGUGGAAGUGCCAAUUCAUCACGAAUCUUUAUGAAGGCUUUCCCAAACCCGAUUUCGAAAAUUGGUCCAGAUGUCGAAUGUGUUUCCCACAUGUCAAAGCAGCAUUAAAACACGAGCCAAAGACCAAGGAUUUGCAAAUCAAAUGGGCUAAACUCUUGUUCCUUGCGGGGAGGUUCGCUAGAGAAGACGGAAUCACUUCUGAUGUAGAAGUCAUGUCUAUCAAAGCGAGAAAUACGUUCACCAGAUGGCUUGGCGAUACGCAUAACUAUACGCUGGCCUGCACAGAACUGUUCAGCUUGGUGUUGUCACGGAGAGGUCAAAUGGAGGAAGCCGAGAAAACGCUCGAGGAAGUGAUGCAGACGCGAAUAAGAACUCGUGGCCCUGAGCACAAAGAAACGUUGAACAGCAUGGCUAAUCUAGCGACAAUGUACUCGAUUAAUGAUCAGCCCAACAAGGCACAUGCGCUAGACUUGCGAGUUAUGCAUCUGAGAACUCGACUGCUUGGUCCAAAUGAUCCAGAGACCAUGGCAAGUGUUGCCAAUGUGGCAAAAACUUACCUCCAGAUGGGGCAGCUUGAACAAGCCGAAGAACUCUACAGAAGUGUCGUAGCAUGGGAUUCGAGAAAUCACGGGAGUGAUCAUUACAUCACCUUGAUGCAUACGGACGAUCUUGCGAUCGUGUUGUGGAAGAGGGGGAAUUGGAAAGAAGCCCAGCAACUGUUGAUCCCGACCGGUCAAAAGCUUGAGCAGAUAUUUGGAGCAGACUCUCUCCAUGCUACAGCAAGCAAGAGUUAUCUAGCGUUGACGUAUCACAACGAAGGGCGCCUACAGGAGGCGGAGGAGCUGGAGGUGCACCUGAUGGAGGUGAAGCGUAGAAAUUUCGGAUCCGAAAACAUUCAUACCUUGAAUGCCAUGAACAACGUUGGAAGAACGCGCAUCAAGCUGGGACGUUUUCCGCGGGCACAAAUCCUACUGGAAGAAGUUACAGAGCUGCGUCUAAAGAUCCUUGGACCAGAUCAUCCGGAGACUUUGAUGGGACUCUUCGAUUUGACUCUCGCAUUGUGGAUGCAGGGAUACUGGGAAAGCGCAGACCAGCUGGAGUUGCAAACAUUGAGAGCAGACCAUAAAGCAUCCCCAGACGGCUCAGGUUUGACCAGCUUUCGUGGCGCUGCGGCGCUAUCGCACCGGUCUACUGGAAAUUGGAAGCAAGUCUACCAGUAUCAGAGCCGAGUGAUUGUAGAAUACGCCAGGGCUUACGGUGUCCUUGACGUAAAAGUUCUGGUCAGCAUAGGAAAGCUCGCAAGAUCGUUCAAGGACGGAGGCAAGCGUCUACAGGCAAUCGCGGCUAUGAAGAAGUUUUUGCGACUCGGAGGGGAAAUUAUUGGCUGCAUGCAUCCUAGCUUGUUCCGUUUUUGGUUGCUUCUAGAGGAAUGGUAUGCGGACCCAAAGUAA